CAUCUUCCCCCGGCGUUUUGCGCACUCCUGCGCACGUUAGAGUCCGUUUGUGAACCACCCUUUCUGUCGAUAAAGAUGAUGGGGUCUGAGAACCAGGGCUUUGAAGAAGCUCACCCUCUCGUAUCCCGUGAAGAAAUGGAGACUCUCGUGCUCGACGACCCAUCGGAUCACGGUGGCAGUAUCAACAGCAACUCCUACUCGAAUUACCGCAGCGCUACUUCUUCACUCUCCGAUACGACUCACCACCCGCUCUCGCCGCCAAUCGUCGUCACGCCGGCUGACUCCGAUCCCCUCCUUGCGCCCCCACCUUACCGCAGCACUAGCGCCAACGAUAGCAACUCCUACAUCGAGCCUCCAUCUUACGCUGACGUCAUCUUCAGCCCCUUUGACGAGAGUUCCGUCAGCGAAAUCAACGGCGUCGAGACCAACUCUCAGAAUUCCGAUUCGUCAUUGGUGUUUUCCCGUUCCCCAUCUUCCAGUUCCGAUUAUAUUAAAAUUACAGUCUCUAAUCCGCAGAAAGAGUACGAUAGUACGAAUUCGCUUGUGCCUGGAAGUAACACUUUCACCACUUAUUUGAUUGCAACGAGAACGAACAUUCCGGAUUAUCGAGGAUCGGAAUUCAGUGUGAGGAGGAGGUUUAGAGAUGUCGUAACAUUAGCAGAUCGGUUAGCGGAAGCUUACAGAGGGUUUUUUAUCCCACCAAGACCAGAUAAAAAUGUGGUCGAAUCUCAGGUGAUGCAGAAGCAAGAAUUUGUGGAGCAAAGAAGGGUUGCAUUGGAGAAAUACUUGAGGAGACUAGCAGCACAUCCUGUAAUUAGGCUGAGUGAUGAACUGAAGGUGUUUCUGCAGGUACAAGGAAAGAUGCCGCUGCCUACCAGCACUGAUGUGGCCUCUCGGAUGCUUGAUGGCGCAGUAAAGCUGCCCAAGCAGUUGUUGGGAGAGAGCAAUGCAGUGGUGGCGCCACAUGAGGUUGUGCAGCCUGCAAGAGGUGGGAGGGAUUUGUUGAGGCUGUUCAAGGAGUUGAAGCAGUCGGUUGCUAAUGAUUGGGGUGGCUCAAAACCAGCUGUGGUUGAGGAAGAUAAAGAAUUUUUGGAGAAGAAAGAAUGGGUUCAUGAUCUUGAGCAGCAACUCAGUAAUGCUUCUCAGCAGGCUGAAGCACUUGUUAAAGCUCAGCAAGAUAUGGGAGAAACAAUGGGAGAGCUGGGAUUAGCUUUUAUCAAACUGACAAAGUUUGAGAAUGAGGAAGCUAUUUUCAACUCUCAAAGAGUACGGGCCACCGACAUGAAAUGUUUUGCGACUGCUGCUGUCAAAGCUAGCAGGUUCUAUCGAGAAUUGAAUGCACAGACAGUGAAGCAUUUGGAUACACUUCAUGAAUAUCUGGGGCUAAUGUUAGCCGUCCAUGGUGCAUAUUCAGAUCGUUCAAGUGCUUUAUUGACUGUGCAGACUCUCCUUUCAGAAUUAUCUUCCUUGAAUUCAAGGACUGAAAAACUUGAAGCUGCAUCGUCAAAAAUAUUUGGUGGUGACAAGUCUAGGAUUCGCAAGAUAGAGGAGUUAAAAGAAACCAUUAGGGCAACUGAAGAUGCUAAAAAUGUUGCCAUUAAUGAAUAUGAGCGUAUUAAGGAAAAUAACAAGAGUGAGCUUGAAAGACUUGAUAGAGAGAGGCGUGCUGAUUUCUUGAACAUGUUGAGGGGAUUUGUUGUUAAUCAGGUAGGGUAUGCCGAAAAAAUUUCAAACGUGUGGGCGAAGGUUGUCGAGGAGACCAGUGGAUACGGAAGAGAGAGUACUUAAAUGCUUGGAUGUAUAUUCAAAUCCUCAAAUCUCUCCUUUUCUCUCAUAUGUUCUUGUUGUUUUCCACUUCUAGGAGAUGGCAUUACAUUCGUGAUAACAAAGAAAAUGGAGCAGUUUGGUAGUUUUAGAAAUUGUUACUUCUAAUUGUAUCUUCGAAAAUUUUAUCACAACCCCUGUAAACUUUAAUUCGAUUCUGUAAAUUGCUUGUUACUUGUUUGAUGUCUGACCGUCAAAACUCUUGCUGAUAUAUUGGCGGCAGAUGAUGGAAUAACUAUGGUUUUAAAAC